UCCUAGCAUCGCCACGCCUCCUCCAUUUCUGUCUUGGCGUUCUCUCGUAUCUCUGCUUCUGCUUGUACCAAAGAGAGAGAUACUCUCUCCCUUUUCUCUUUCUCUCUGUGUGUGGUUGUGUGAAGAGAAAAAAAGGAAAACAAGGAGAGACGGAAAUGGCAUUGAAGUUCAACCCAGUAACCUUCCCCUCUUCCCCAUCAUGUUCAUCAUCCUCCCGUCUCAGAUCUCCUAACAGAGUCUUCAUGGCCUCCACUCUCCACUCCACCCCCACAAAAGAGGUUGACAAUUUGAAGAAGCCUUUGCCUCUCCGAGAGGUGCAUGUUCAAGUGUCUCAUUCCAUGCCACCAGAGAAGAUAGAGAUCUUCAAAUCGUUGGAGGAUUGGGCUGAGUGUAACAUCUUGGUGCACCUGAAGCCUGUCGAGAAAUGUUGGCAACCUCAAGACUUUCUGCCUGAACCGGAGUCGGAUGGAUUUUUUGAGCAAGUGAAGGAGUUGAGGGAAAGAGCACAGGGACUCCCUGAUGAAUACUUUGUUGUCUUGGUGGGAGAUAUGAUCACAGAAGAAGCCCUUCCAACUUAUCAAACAAUGCUCAACACCCUGGAUGGAGUUCGAGACGAGACUGGUGCAAGCCCUACUUCUUGGGCUAUCUGGACAAGGGCAUGGACUGCUGAAGAGAAUAGACAUGGUGACCUUCUCAACAAGUAUCUUUAUCUUUCUGGACGGGUUGACAUGAAGCAAAUCGAGAAGACAAUUCAGUAUCUGAUCGGGUCAGGAAUGGAUCCUAAGACGGAAAACAAUCCCUAUCUUGGUUUCAUAUAUACUUCAUUCCAAGAGAGGGCAACCUUCAUCUCACAUGGGAACACAGCCAGGCUAGCUAAGGAGCACGGGGAUGUAAAGCUGGCACAGAUAUGCGGGACCAUUGCUGCGGAUGAGAAACGCCAUGAAACUGCCUACACCAAGAUUGUAGAGAAACUCUUUGAGAUUGAUGCUGAUGGUACUGUGUUGGCUUUAGCUGACAUGAUGAGGAAGAAAAUCUCUAUGCCAGCUCACUUGAUGUAUGAUGGUCAGGAUGAUAAGCUGUUUGAACAUUUUUCAGCGAUUGCCCAGCGGCUUGGGGUCUACACUGCAAAGGACUAUGCUGAUAUUUUGGAAUUUCUGGUGGGAAGAUGGAACAUAGAGAAGCUGACAGGUCUUUCUGGGGAGGGACGUAAAGCUCAAGAUUUUGUGUGUGGAUUGACCCCAAGAAUUCGAAGGCUGGAGGAGCGAGCUCAGGGAAGGGCAAAACAAGCCUCCACUGUGCCAUUCACCUGGAUUUUCGGUAGAGAAUUAAACGUUUAGCGCUGUGUCAAGUCAAAGUAAGUAUGUUGCUUCCUGUUGCUCGCAUCUCAUCGGCCAACCCAACCCAACCGAACCAGUCUCGUUUCAAUUUCUCAGUGGUGUGUGCCUUCUGUUCUGGUUUGUGUUGUAGAUAUCUGUUUUCUUGAGCUGGUCACACCAAGAUCAACUGAGGAUAAAUGUAAGGACACAAGCCAUAGUAAUUAAGCUGAGUAUGUAUUGUAUGUUUUCUUGUCUCUCUCUCCUUUUCAGCCUCAGAAACUAGAAACAGCUUGUGUUCUGUUGCUUUUUAUCAAUAAAUUGUUUUUUACUCAA